CUGGAGAAGGAGUACGUGUGCCGCGUGGUGGGCGAGUUCCCAGAGCACGAGGUGGUCUGCGAGGAGCCCAUCCUGGUGGUCUCUUACAAAGUGGGAGUGUGCCGCGUGGACCCCAAGGGGAAGCCCUGCAAGACCAUCUUCCAGAGGCUGAGCUACAACGGCAGGAGCAGCGUGGUGAAGUGUCUGCCGCGCACCGGCCGCACGCACCAGAUCCGGGUCCACCUGCAGUUUUUGGGGCAUCCCAUCGUCAACGACCCCAUCUACAACAUGGAGGCCUGGGGCCCCGAGCGGGGCAGGGCCGGCAGGGUGGACAAAACGGACGAGGAGCUCCUGCAGGCGCUGGUGGAGGAGCACCGCUCCAAGCAGAGCCUGGACGUGCUGGGCGUCUCGGAGGAGGACCUGGCCCCCGGCGCUGCAGACGGGGCCUGUGGGGAUUCGGGGGGCUGUGCAGGGCCCGCUCAGGCCCUUCCUGUCAGCGACAGCUCUGCCGGGGAUGCCAAGGGUCCUGAGGGGAACCACGCAGCAGCCCGUCCACUGAACUCUGAUACCAGCCUGGAAACGCUUGAACGAAACAGUGACCUUGGUUUGUGUGAGAAUGGGGACGGGCGGAGUGGAGAAAAGUGGGAGGAGAAGGACCCUCUGUGUGAGGAGUGCAGGGUGAGGCGGAGGGACCCGUCCCCCCAGGAGCUGGUGAUGUACCUGCACGCCCUGCGCUACCGGGGGCCGGGCUUCGAGUACUGCUCCAGCAUGCCAGCCUGGGCCACGGAGGGCUGGCAGGAGUGA